UGCACAGUAUAAAUAGUGGUGGACGGUAGUUUUGGUCUUCAUUCGGUUUACUCCUCGAUCUCGCUCUAGAAUCUAGAGAGAGGAAAUCGGUAGAUGGGCCAUUGGAGAAGUGCUGGAAGGAAGCUAUGCUAAAUCUAUCUCACCACCUGAAAUUGGAAGCAAAAGAGCAGAGAGAAUAUUGAAGCAAGUAGUUGGUGUUUUCAAUUUCUUAUCGGUGGAAAGUCUCUGCGCGUGUUGCGCGUUCCAGGGGCAAAUUAGUCAAUUACAACAUCUAUAUUGUUACCGCCGGCGGCGGCGGCGGCGGCGCGGCGUUUAAAGUCAUCGAUUGGAAAAAGUGGAGCGGUGGUAAUCGUAAGUGGCGGCGAAGGAUUCGGGACGGAGGGGGAGGAGAAUGACGCCGGAACUCUCGCCUUCGCGGCGUUUGUCGCCCUCGAUUUAGCCUCCGCUGUGUUUUACACCAUUAGGUAGAAAACGGAAAGGAAAAAAAGUUGAAUUAGUUGUAGAUGCUUUUUUGGAAUUUAGAUUCUGUAACCCUAGAUUAAGAAAUACUAGCAAAAAUUGUUUAUACAUAGAUGAAAGCGCUAAUACGAAGUCAGACUUCGGCAUCGUCAAAAUCUUCGCCUGCAUCGUCAUCCUCAAAUUCAUCGUCGUCUUCACCAUCGUCUUCGUGGAUUCAUUUGAGAUCGGUAUUAUUCAUAGUUACUUCAUCCAACACAUCGCCAGCUUCUUCUACUUCUUCUGAUCGAGGUCGACUCAAAUCUCCAUGGUCUCGAAGAAAAAGAAAACACAUACUCUCAGCUAGGCAGUGGAGGAGUUUGUUUGCCACCGAUGGAAAACUUCGGGACAAUGGAGCAAAAUUCCUGAAGAAAGUCCGCAGUGGAGGUGUCGAUCCAAGCAUUAGGGCAGAGGUCUGGCCAUUCCUUCUUGGAGUCUAUGACCUAGCAAGUUCCAAAGACGAAAGAGACAUUAUCAUUUCUCAAAAAAGGAAGGAGUAUGAGAAACUACGACGACAAUGCUGGAGACUAUUUAAACAUAACAGCAAACUUUAUAAGACAAACGAAAGUGGUGAAACGAGCAGUGCUUGUGGUGGAGAAAGUCUAACAGUAGGCAUCGACUCUCCCGACUCUGAAGAUGUUGUGAGUGCCAGAGAAUCCCUUUCCAGUAAUGAAGGGUUCCAUUAUAUCGAAGAUUCACAGGAUGGGUACGCCGGGUCUAAGCGAAUUACGGAUUUAAAUAUUGCUUCAGACUCAGAUUCCUCGGACUCCGAAUCCUCGGACGAGCCAGAAGUCAGUCAAACUUUCAACUACACUGAAAGCACAGAGGACAGAGAUAACGAGGAGGAUAUGUCUUCAUCCAAAGCGGAGGAAGUCCCGCCGGAGUCUUGUAGCGGGGAAGAUUUCGUCACCUGGCAACGAAUCAUCCGCUUAGACGCUAUCCGAGCAAACGGAGAAUGGACAACGAAUCAACCCGCAGUAUCAGAUGCCAAAGCGCAUCGUGCGGCUGAGAUUGUUGGAUUGAAGGAUUACGAUCAUCUCGAUUCUAGCAGGAUCUUCCAUGCCGCCCGAUUAGUCGCUAUUCUCGAAGCUUAUGCACUGUACGACCCGGAAAUCGGGUAUUGCCAGGGAAUGAGCGAUCUGCUCUCCCCCAUAAUUUCCGUGAUGACGGAGGACCAUGAGGCUUUCUGGUGUUUUGUCGGAUUCAUGAAGAAGGCUCGCCACAACUUCAGGCUCGACGAAGUCGGCAUCAGACGGCAGCUGAACAUCAUCUCCAAAAUCAUCAAGUACAAGGACUCGCAUCUCUACAGGCACCUGGAGAAACUCCAGGCCGAGGACUGCUUCUUCGUGUACAGAAUGGUGGUUGUGCUUUUCCGAAGGGAAUUGUCGUUCGAGCAGACUCUGUGCCUCUGGGAAGUCAUGUGGGCCGACCAGGCUGCGAUCAGGGCCGGGAUUGGGAAGUCGGCUUGGAGUAGGAUAAGGCAGCGCGCGCCUCCGACCGACGAUCUGUUACUCUAUGCUAUUGCGGCGUCCAUCCUGCAAAGGAAGAAGCAAAUCAUCGAGAAGGACGGCAGUAUGGAUGAGAUCUUGACGGAGUGCCACGCCAUGGCCGGACAUCUUGAUGUGUGGAAGCUCCUCGACGACGCCCAUGGCUUGGUCGUGACACUCCACGACAAAAUCGAGACGCCUUUGUGAUGAAGAUGAUGCCGCCCGGCCCGGCCCGGCCAGUGGUAAAAGCGUUGUGCUCAGCUAAUUUAUUCUUUUGGAUUGCUGUUAUAGCUUUAUAUCCCGUCCGGAUUUGAAAAAAGAUGACUAUAUUCGGUUGAUGGUAUCCUUCCUAUAUUGGGUAAUAAACAGUGUGGCUUCUCUAUGAGUUUCUGUGCAUUUGCAUAUGGUCCCGACUGUUAGGCGGAUUAUUCUUCAGAAAAUGAACUUGCAGAAUGAAGGAUUAAUUAGAUACGAUCAUGUCUUGUCUUGUUGGUGUAGUGGCGAAUGUUGUGAGAGGUACGAGGAACUGUAAAAUCCCGACAGACUGUAUGCAGUAUUUUUGUCCAUUUCGACGGCUGUGGCCUGUGUCUGGAGAAGUCGAGAGAGGUAUGUUAUAAACUCGCCUUGAAAAGUUGGUGGGUAUUAUACACCAACGCCGACACCAAACAGCUUUUGUAGUUA